GUGUGGGCUUUUAAAAAGGACGUCAACAAUGAUGACCACCCGCGACACUUCAAGACGAUUCCAGAUCAAAGAGCAGAAACACAAAGAGCAGCUGAAGAGGUGUUUGUCAGCUGCUUUAUCUGCAGACCUUCACAGGUUGCUGCAAGAGGAGCUGGAGGCAGAUGUGUGUGUGUGUGCUGGUUCAGGGACACUUCGAGCCCACAGAGCUGUACUGUUGGCCAGAGCUCCUCAUAUCCUUCAGGGAACACGCAAAGACUCGAUUAGCAUCCAGCUGCCUGGGAAGGACCUCAACACACUGAAAGAUUUCAUCAGGAAUGUGUACACAGCAGAGCAAAGCAUGCGCUGUGAUGUCAUAAUCCCAGCUGAUGACUGGUCACGACCAGAUUAUGACAGAAAAUCGGUUACAGAUGCAGUAGACCUUCACCCAGCUAACACAGAUGCUGCUGCUCUUGACCCGGCCUCAGGCCUCGGAGCUGACUUACUGUAUCUGUACAAGAAAGGAGAGCAGUGUGAUAUCACCAUUCAAGUGGCUGAGGAGUUCUUUUCUUGCCACAGGGCCAUCCUGUGUGCACGAUGCGAGUACUUUCGAGCUAUGUUGAGUGGGAGUUGGAUGGAGAGCUCAAGACAGUGCAUCCCCCUGCAAGGUUUGGGGCCAGAGGAGAUGGAAAUUGUGCUUCAGUUCAUUUAUGGGGCCAUAGCGGAUCUGCCUUCCGGAACCAAUUUCAGUCAGGUGGUGUUGGCAGCAGAUAUGUUGGGUUUGGAGGGUCUCAAAGAUGUGGUGGAGAUGGUUCUUACCCGAGACCACUGCUGUUUCUUCCCCAAGCCAAGUUAUGGGGUUCAGCAAGCUAUUCUGGAAUGCUUGUCCUUCAGCCAUGCUGUAGGUCUUCACCACCUCCACAUGUUGUGUAAGAGGUGGGUAGCUGAACAUUUUGUGAAGACUUGGUCACAGAGAAGCUUUUCCCUCCUUUCCAGUGAUCUCCACAGAGUGUGUCUGACUGCUGUGACCGAAUCUAUGACGGUGGACAACGCUGUCACUGUGCUCUGUGACAGUGAACAGUUAAUAAUCAGCCUCCCAGAAGUGAAGUGGGCUCAACAGGUGAGACGUCUGGCCACAGAGCUGCAGGAGGAGAGUCUGCAUGUAAUUAUACAGGACCUUCACAAAGUCAUACGGACUCGAGCCUUCCAGGAUUUCCGCAGGAGGGAGGAGUUUACUCAGGAGCCCACAUUGUUGCAGAAGCUGUGUUCAGCUAUAGCAGAUGGAGUGACUGUGGACAACUGCUGUGAUCUAUUCACUGCUGUGCUGUGUCUGUCUGGAGAAGACAUGGAAGAGGUCUCACCCCUGGAGUAUGAAGCGCAGAAAGAGCAGCCUUUCAGGCAGGCCAUUUGUACAUUAUGUGAGCGGUUGUGGACCUUCCUGCUCCAGACGUUUUAUGCAGUCCGGCACACACCGGGAUGGCGGAGACUGUCCUCCAGAGACAAAGAUAGAAUACUGGCAGCAUCCAUUGACAAAGGAGACAACCGAAGACUUGGUAAAAAGCCUGUACUAAGCAGCUCACAGCCAAGGGAUGUAAAAUGCCCUUCAUCCACACCUGAGAGCCGUCCAGUGCACAAGGUCCCAACUGGGUCUGAGAAUACAAAUUUCGCUUCUCCUGCUGGUGCAUCAGCCAUGAAGUCUGAUGGACAUGGUACAGAUAACAAGUCAGGAGACACUCACACAUCAAAAGGAAAUAAAGUAAAGAAGCCAUUAGACAAGAGUGUUGAACCUAAAGCAAAGGCAACACUAUCUGGCAGUCCAGUCGUCAAUGGCACUGGAGCUGCAGGAGUGAGGCAGUGUACAGCCAGUGCCAAUGGUCCCAAAAGUCUUAAAGAACAUAAGAAGACAAACCCAGGGACUCGGCCUAAGACCUCUCCUCCAAGCUGCACAUCUUCAAGCCCGACAGCAGGAAUGAAGGCUCAGAACAGUUCAACAGUAAAAGCAGGCGCACAAGCUUCAACCACAUCAGACGGCACAUCGCCAGAGACCAGCGCCGACAGCCAUACAAACUCAGGUGCUAAACCAAAACACCAGUCUAAGGUAGUCAGCAAAGCUGCACUGGAUAAACCUUCUCAAAAAUCAGAUACAGCAAAGACCAGCAGUCCAUCCAAUAAGUCAAGUGUGAGGGACGUUAAAGGCAAGACCACUUCAGCAGAUAAAGUAUCAGCUGGAGUAACAGCACUGAGAGCUGACGCAAAGGGGAAAAUCACUCCAGACAGCCAUGUCUCCAAGCAUGGGUCUGCUGUGAAAAAACCUGCUCCAUCCAAGGAAGAAGACGGUAGACACAGGUUGAAAUCCUCAGCACCUGACAAAACAGCUGCUGAAGCCCCGAAGAAGAUUAUCACAAAAUCCAUUUCAACACUCGGAGCGUCGGCUAAAUCCACUUCUAAACCAGCAUCGAAACCCAUCUCCUCCAAGCCACCAUCAGUAGUAGCUGCCAAAUCAGGGCCAAAGACCAAAAGUAAUACUGAGGUAUCUGCAGAGAAAUUUUCGAAAAAGUCUCAAGCAACUUUGAAAACCUCAGCUGCUGUCAUCACCAGGAAGCCAACAGUUAAAGAAACGGAGAACUGUAAAAAUGAAGCAACUCCAGGUAAUGUUGAGGCUGCAGAAAAUAAAGAGGUAGUCUCCUCUGACCAGGAUGCCACAUAUUACACACAACCACUAAGCCAGUGUGGAGGAGGAUCACUUCCUCUAGAAUCACAGCCUAAGCAGAGUCUCCACGGUGCUACAAUACAACAAAGAGAAAAUAAUUCCACACCAGCGCUGAAUUACAUCACCUGUGUGAAAUCUGUAAAUGCAGACGCUCCCCAGCAGAUUGAAAGAAGCGAAGGAAGACAGCCACCAAAUGGUGUCAUCACAACUAACGCCAUCAGUGGACAAGCUGACGAGGUCGUGUCUCCAAGAGAAAGUCUCACAGGCAUACCCUGCAGAGUGGGGACCACUGAGACUCAUCUAGGAGGCUGCUGGAGCGGGAUCCACCAUCAGAUCAGUCCAGAGUCAGAGACCGGCAGCACACACACCACUUCCUCUGAUGACAUCAAGCCACGCUCAGAGGACUAUGAUGCCGGAGGCUCUCAGGACGAUGACUGUUCCAAUGACCGAGGUGUGUCAAAGUGUGGCACCAUGCGCUGUCACGACUUUCUGGGCCGCAGCAGCAGUGACACAAGCACUCCAGAAGAGUUAAAGAUGUGUGAAGGUGGUGCCGGCUUGAAAGUGGAGGUACGACUGCGUGGGCGAGAAGCAGAAACCACCAGCGAGGAGGAGGGAGCGAAACGACGCUCUCGUUCGUGGUUACACAGAGAUGACAUUUCUGUAGAGGAGCAUUCCAAAGCGGAGGUCACUGUGGCUGUAAAGAACAUACCUGACCAGCAGCUCUUCUCCUCUGAGGACUCUGAGGAAGAGGAGGAUGAAGAAGACGAGACUGAAAAUGAAAGGUCAGAGGUUGAAGUUCUACCAGGUCAGAGCCAAGUACCGUCCACUGAGCCCCCACCCCAUUUUCAGGGUAUUGUCAACCUAGCAUUUGACGAUGACGGUGUGGAGCAGGACAAUGAGCAGCCCGACUUCCAGUCAUCCUCUAACUUUCGCCGGUCAGUGUUGCUGUCUGUUGACGAAUGUGAGGAGUUGGGCUCGGAAGAGGCCGGGAUUCAAACUCCACCGCAACCAACUGAUGAUGCUGCUCUCUGUGAUGUUUUUGAGUCGGACUCUGCACCUUGUCGGUCCAGUUGUGCCCCUGCUGUCGACCAACAGAAUCAUCUUUUAGAAAAUGCAGAAGUGAAUCACACAAGCCCCAGCAAUGAAAAUGAACAAAAAUCAUCUGUGUGCCUCACAGAGAGCCUGGACACCAGCCACCAUGUCCAGGUGGAAGAAAUGAAGUGCAGUAACCGUCCUCUGGAUGAUGACAGUCAGGACCUUCUUCCCCAGGAGCGUCCAAGCCACCUGGACCUGCGGCACGCUGAACAAUACAGCAAUGGAGUACUGUGCCAAAAUCACAUCAGUCUCUCAGACAGCAAGAAAGCUGACUUACAUCUUGACUUAAAUGAGUCUCAGCUGGCAGGUGACGCUCCUGUACAUGCUACACAAUCUCCAGCAGGGAACAGUGGUUGUGACAUAUUGGAUCAAACCUGCAAGCAUGACCGCCCAACGUCCAAAGCCCUCUCACCCAUUUACGAGCUGGACAUGGGAGAUGUGUUUGAGCACGGCGUGAACAAGGACAGUCACAGGAGUAAUGAGGAGGAGAAACAGAGAGGGGACUGUGACAGAAGCACUGAGUUCGCAGAGCAGGACUGGAGCCUGCUCAGGGAGCUUCUCUCAGACCACGCGUCUAAUCUGGGCAUCAUAAACCCGGUGCCUGAGGAGCUCAACCUUGCUCAGUACCUUAUCAAGCAGACGCUGUCCCUGUCACAUGAUUCCCUGGACUUCCAGGCCUACCUCCCCCAGGAGAAAGACACCUUCAAACGCUGGGCAGAACUUAUCUCGCCCAUGGAGGACUCGUCCACCAGCAUCACUGUGACCAGCUUCUCCCCAGAAGAUGCUGCAUCUCCACAGGGGGAGUGGACCAUUGUGGAACUGGAAACUCAUCACUGACUGUACAGGCAAGAAUCUGCUGGACAAUUUGUAAAACGUAUCUUCAGAAUGGACUUGGUCUUAAUUUAUUAGAGUGUCCACUCCCCGUCACUUUGCCCACUGUGUUUCCUGAUAGAAGUGGACUGUUAUGCAUGCUGAGAUUUUGUUUCAUUGUUCACUUGGUGUUACUUUAAAGCUCUGGAAAAGUAAGAACAUACCUUUCUUCUUCUUUUUUUUUUUGUCAUGACUGUCUC